GUUCAGCCCUUCGGCCCUUACAUCUGACUUGUCAGAAUUAAAUAUUUUGUUACUUGUUUAUUCAGCCUAUCAUCUGUUGGGACUGCGGCUGCCCGAUGAACAGCUGUUAAUUAUUUCAACAAGCUUGGGCAGGGGCGAGAAGCCCCAAAAAUUAUUUGGAAAAGAUUUUCAAGCUGGACGCAGUAGCACAAAAAAUCAUGGGUCAGGGUAGCAGUCAAUUUUCUGAAGAAGAACUCCAGGAUUAUCAGGAUCUUACAUACUUUACCAAGAAAGAAGUGUUAAAAGCGCACCAAAAGUUCAAGGCCCUUGCUCCAGAAAAAGUUGGACACAAUCGCAAUGCCAAGUUACCGAUGUCCAAAAUCAUGUCCUGCACUGAACUGCGAGUAAAUCCAUUCAAUGAUAGAAUUUGUAAAGUCUUCAGCUCCAGCAGAGACGGUGAUUGUACAUUUGAAGACUUUUUGGACAUGAUGUCCGUCUUCAGCGAAGCUGCUCCACUCACUGUCAAAGCUGAAUACGCAUUUAGAAUUUUUGAUUUUGAUGGGGAUGACAUGCUUGGUGUUGAGGACUUGCAGCAAGUCAUAGAGAGGCUGACAGGUCCACAGCACCUUUCUGAUGUUGACACAAAGCAAUUGAUUCAAAAUUUGCUGGAAGAGGCAGAUCUGGAUGACGAUGGCUCUCUUUCUUAUGCUGAAUUUGAGCACAUCAUCUCGAAGAGUCCUGAUUUCACCAGUACAUUUCGAAUUCGUCUCUGAAGCAGUGAUCCUAUAGGAUCGUUAUAAGAUCUAAUUUUAAACCACAUUGUGAUUAUAAUUUUUGGUAUUGUUCUCUAUUAGAAAGUAUCUUUGCUAAUCGUUCUGCGCUCAGAAAUCAAUUUUAACAGAAUUAGGUGAAAAUUUAAAAAUAAACUAAAAUUGGUUUUUUUAAAUAAAAUUUGGCAAAAAAAUGAUUGGCAUAGUGCAUCGCUCAAUUUGCGGUAGCAGACCAUAAGUUUAUACAUUUAUUGUAAAAUUAACUAUGAUAUUGUUCAGAAUCGAUAAAACUCUUAAUUUUCUAGUCAUUCCCGAAUUAUGCCCUGCAUGAAAAAUUUGUAAAUUAUCCAAAUUAAUUUAAAUUGCUGGAUUGAACAAGAUAUAUUAUUUGAAUUUGUAUAAUUAUAAUACCAUGGGUGUAAUAUGAUAAAAUAUAAUAUACCAUUAAUAUAA